AUGUGCGAAACUGUGCACCGAAACCAAUGGUAUGUGAGGUUUAUUGCUGAAAAUGUAACUCCAUGUGCCCUAGUGGACCAAGAACUGUCUAAUGUCAGAGAGUGUAUUCAAAAGAGACAGUGGGAGACACUUGAAAACAAGCGAUACUUGAUGGUCAGGAGUGAACUUUCUGUCAUUGGAAAACUAGUACUACGAGGAACUCGGAUCCUUCUAAGUCCCUUCUAGCUUGUGAGAAAGAGUACUGAAUCUUGCUCGUGAGGGCCAUCCAGGGAAAGUGUUAAUGAAACACUGA